AAACCAUUAAUAUUACCUUGUUGGUAUUUUCUGGCAGACCUGACCCUGAAUGGUCAAUCAAAGUAGAUGACCCACUAUACAAGACAAUCCAUGAACUGUUUACAGCUGCCAAAAAUAGUAAUGUAAUUAAAAACCCAGGGGAAGUAGUAGUACCAUCACGACUCGGAUUCAAAGGGUUUUUUGUCAGUGAAGGUCAUCCGGCAUCAACCGGCAGCUUUAUUCCAAUAUCCCAUGAGACAGAAGAACUUCAAAAACGUUUGUUGGAGUCUGCUCCUGAAAACAAGGUUUCCGAAUCAUUGAAGGAAAAUAUUUUAGAGGAAAUUGAAAAUCAAGGAUAA